UACAGAUUAACAAUGGACGCAGCGGUGUCGGUGGCGUGGAUCCGUGAGGUCCAGGACGGGUUUCAGGCAUUGGCAGUUAUGGCUAUGACAGCAUUUCUUUUCCCGCCAAACGCGGAAUUGAAUGAUGGUGACACAUUCGACUACAUCGUGGUCGGCGCGGGGUCUGCAGGUUGUGUGAUAGCGAGCAGACUCACUGAGGAUAAACAUGUUAGUGUACUCCUGGUGGAGGCUGGUGAUGAUCCGCCUUUGGAUUCUGUUCUUCCGGCCUACCAAGAAUAUUUACAAGAGUCCAAGUGGGACUGGAAUUACACCUCUAUACCGUACUGGACCCAGAAAUUCCACACUGGAGGGGUGACAUCUAUGAGUCGUGGAAAGAUGCUUGGAGGGAGCAGCAGCAGUAACUUAAUGGAUUACGUUAGAGGCAGUCCUCAUGACUACAACUCAUGGGCAGAUCUAGUCAAUGACCAAUCAUGGAACUACGACAAUGUUUUAAGAUUAUUCAAGAAAAGUGAAAAAUUACAUGAUGAUCAAGUUAUGAAUUCUCCAACGGGAAUAUAUCAUAGUACGGAUGGGUAUUUAGGAGUAACUAGACCAUCUCACGAAGAGGCAUUGAAAUACCUUGAGGCAUUUGAAGAAAUAGGCCACAAAAUUCUUUUAGAUACAAACGGAAGGGAUGUCCUUGGAUAUACUGAACCUAUGUAUACAGUAGCUGAUGGAGUUCGUCAAAGUACUGCCCAAUCAUUCCUACACCCAGCUAAAGAUCGUAGCAAUUUAUUUGUUGCAAAAAAUACGUUAUGUACAAAAAUAAUUUUCGAUGAUAACAAUAACGCAAUUGGAAUAGAAACUAUCGAUGACCAAGAUCAAAAAAAACAAUUUUAUGCCAGAAAAGAAGUUAUAGUAUCAUGUGGAACUAUAAAUUCACCUCAGCUUCUAAUGUUAUCUGGGAUUGGUCCUAAAAACCAUCUGGAGGAAUUGGGAAUCCCUGUGAGAUCCGAUCUACCUGUUGGUGAAAAUUUGCAAGACCAUGCUCCAAUAUUAACUGUUUAUCCUACAGUACAAUUAUUUGGACUGGAAAAACCGCUGAAUCCUCAUGACGUACCUUCGCCCGAAAUUAUUGGUUAUGUUGCAAUGAACAAAUCACAAACGUGGCCAGACUAUCAAACAAUCAUUACGAUAGUAACGGAGAAAACAUUUCUUGAUUUAUGUGGUUUCACUUACACGUUCAACAAUGAUGUUACUCAAAGCUAUUACGAAGGUUGUAAAGGGAGAGAAGUUUUGUUUUCGCUGACAAUACCAUUACAUCCAAAAUCUAGAGGAUAUAUUUUAUUGCGCAGCCGUAAUCCUAAAGAUUAUCCGAUAAUAAAUCUCAACACAUACUCUGAUGAAAAAGAUUUAGAAGAUGCUAUGACCUUCGUGAAGGAUGUUGAUCUUGUGACAAGAUCAACAUUUUUCCAAAGCAUCAAUGCUAAACAUUUGAAUUCUCCAGGAUGUGAGGAGCUAAAUCCUGACAGUAAAGAGUAUUGGAAGUGUCAUAUAGAAUUCAUGACUACGACAAUAUUUCACUACGUGGGGACCUGCGCCUUGGGGUCUGUGGUGGACUCCAGGUUGAGGGUAUACGGCGUCCAGAAACUCCGCGUCGUCGACGGCAGUGUGAUACCCACAAUCACUAGUGGAAACACCAAUGCACCUAUCAUUAUGAUUGGGGAAAAGGCUGCGGAAAUGAUUAUCGAAGACAAUUGUUGAUGAUGGUUUUAAAUAAGCCUGUAUUAAAUACUUCGGCUGGAUAAAGCUAUUUCAUUCUAUCACUUUUCAGGCACUUAACUAAUCGAACUCCAUUUGAUUUUGCUGAAGGGGAAAGAGAAUUAGUAUCUGGAUUUAAUAUUGAAUAUAGAAGAGGGGGAAUUUGCAUUUUUUAGCUGAAUAUUCAAAAAUUUUAUUUAUAAGUUUAAUUUUUAGUUUCUGCUCUAUGUCCUUGUGUGUGUGUAUAUUCCUUGUUGGUAUACAGACUGUCUCGUAAAUUCGAGUGGUUGAUAGGAUAAUAUGAGUGUUUAUACUGCUCCUUGAGCCUGCCCGGGGGAAUUUCGAGAUAUGUUAAAUAACUAAUAAUUCUGGCAUAUUCCGAGCUGUUAUGCCGGAAUGCUCAAGAUCCGCAUAAAAAGUGUUAAUUUUUUAAAAUCUUACAAUCUUCCGCCUGCUGACGUCAUUGAGACCGUUACUAUGUGUCUACUGUACGGGCUCACGGCUAUGUGUCUACUGAACUAUCAUUGUUUAAAGGAAUUUAUCACAAAUUAGCAUGUUCAAGUAAUGUUUGAAGCUCUUUUAUUUUCCGUACAAAAUCCGCUGGUGACUCUGAAUGAGUCAAUAGUAAUAUACAUAUAAAAGAAACCACAUGUAUAAAUAUUAAUACGCAGCGCAGGUUAAUAUUUUUUCUUAUGGAGAACUGUGGCAAAAGAUCCUACGCCACAAAGUAGGCAGUGUUAUUGCAGGCGUUGGCCACAUGUCUGUUCGGUUGUCCGAUAUAAAAAGGGUUAUGUUACUAGAAAUAAAUGACGCUAAGUAAUGA